AUGCCGACCAACAAAGAGUUGUCGGACACAUAUGGAUUAACGGUACUUCAUUCCCCAGAGAAGGCUGAGGAUAUUGUCUUUGAUCUAGUAGCUGUCCAUGGACUCAAUGGAGAUGCCUUCAUAUCCUGGAAACACAGAGACACCGGAGUGAUGUGGCUUAAAGACUUACUUCCCGCAAGCUUACCAAAUGCCCGGAUUAUGACCUUUGGCUAUAAUUCUAAAUUCGCCAACUUUACCGGAGAUCAGGACCUGAGGUGUAUCUGCGAGACCUUACUUGCUGAGAUUGCUGACUUGAGGACCAAUGCGCUUUCUAUUAGAACUGUGGAUGCUCGAACUGCAAUCCAAGAUGCAACAUACGGCAUUCUCUUCUUAGCUACCCCGAAUGAUGGAAGUGAUCUUGCAACAACGGGCAGAGCUAUUGCUAAAUUUGCAACAAUGAUAUCCCCUCUUAAUCCAGCUCAAAACUUGUUAGAUAUACUCCGUGUGGACUCCAAUACCCUUCUUGAAAUUAGAGAAGAUUUCCUCCAGAGAGUACCGAAGCUCCACAUAGUAUCAUUUUAUGAAUUAUAUUCCACAUCGUUCGGGCUUUUCAACACUCACAUUAUCAAAAGGCGAUCUGCUAGGCUUUUGGUUCCCGGAGAGGUCAACAUUAACUUAUAUGCCGAUCAUCGAAAUAUAUGCCGGUUCUCUUCGGCCGACGACCGCAACUUUCGUCCUGUUGUUUCACAGCUCAUUCAAUUCUACCAGAAUAUCAAGGCAAAAAAGGCAACACCAAUACCAUGCUCUCCCUUAAAGCCAAGAGGUGCAAUAAGUCCAAAAAUAGGAAUCACGACAACCCAUGAACCUAUUUUUGAAGUACCGUUUGCCCGCUGCAUCACUUUCCAGGGACGACAAAACCUGCUAAGUGAGAUGGAAUCAUACUUUGGACAAUCUAACUGCAAUAAACCACGAGUUUAUGUAAUAUCUGGCUUAGGAGGCUCUGGAAAGAGUCAAACAGCUGUAGAAUACGCAUUUCGAAAUCGUUCGAGGUACAAGUCUGGAGUUGCAUUUUUCAAUGCUUCCUCACAAACGGCAUUAAUUGCAGAUUUCCACCGGGUUUAUGACAUGUUGCCUCUUGGUACCGCUUCCGCCAAAGAACCUAACAAAGUGGACUCUCUUAAGCGAUGGUUCUCCAGGCAAACAAACCGAGAUUGGCUGUUAAUAUUUGACGGAAUAGACAACUUGGUGUCCGUUAAAAUAACGGAGUACUUCCCAAACGCAUCCUGGGGCCAUAUCAUUCUCACUAGCCGUGAUCAGGCUAUACUUGGGGCCAUUAGCCCUGCAGGACAGAUAAUCUCGGGGCUCGAAGAAAAUGCAGCAAUUCAAGUUCUUUUUGGGAAAGCCGCCAUUCAAACACCAUCCGAAGAUGACGACAAGGAAGCUAGCAUAAUUGUCCACCUACUAGGAUAUCUGCCCUUGGCUAUUGACCAGGCUGGCGCUUUUAUUCGGAGACGCCAGAAAUCACUGAAGGAUUAUCACCGGUUGUUUAAAAAUAAACAGUAUGAAGUCCUGAGAAUCAGCCCAAGCAUAGGAGAUCACGAAAAGACAGUGGCAACGGUCUGGGAACUUAACUUCCGCCAGCUAGAAAAGGACUCCCCAAGGGCUUCGCAUCUACUACUACUGUUUUCAUUCCUACAAGCCUCUAAUAUCCCCGAAUCCAUGUUGCGGAGCGGCUGCUCAACUAAGCAAAUAUGGGGUGAGGAUGGUGAAGUCACAGAUAUUUCUCCCGUGGAUGCGGGAUUGGACCCUGAGCUUAUCGACCUUAUUACUGACGAGAUGAAGCUUGAUGAAGCAAUCGAGAAUUUGCUGGCCUUUUCUUUAAUACAACUAACUCUCAGUAGCCGAGGAGGAAGGGCUAUCUCCGUCCAUCCCUUAGUUCAGUACUGUGCUUCUCACCGGGUGCCUCUCGAUGUACAGCAAAAAUGGAGGGCACAGGCGAUUCUACUGGUUGCCCAGGCAUUUCCUUACGGUGAAUACAUCACCGAGUUCUCUGGGGAUAUAGGACGAGAAAUCCUUGAGCACGUCCACAAUGUCCUUCAUGAGUUUGACAGUGUUGAGCCUGAAUUAGAAUUAUACCCAAAAGUGAAGAAUUCAUUUUGCACAUUGCUACUCUCCGCUUCUAAAUAUAGUUCCGCUUCGUGGAGACGCGAAAGCUUGAGCAAAGUCAGCGAUCUUCUACAUGAUAGUGAAGAGUACUACUUACAGGCAUGGGUUGCCCAUAGACGGAGCAAAAUACUGCGCUUAGAGGGCGACAUGGCUGGCUCUAAUGCAGCUUUGGAGCAGCAUGUCAAUAACUUUAAAGCACAUAGCUCCAGAUUGUCCUCUAACCCACGGUUGAACGCUCACAUAGGACGAAUUACAUCUUCAUACGCUGAAAACUUGAUACUUGGAAAUGAAUGUAUACAUGCGCAAGAGGUACUUGAAAGUUGGAAACCCCUGGACUCUAGGAGCCCUUCAUCAAUGGAAGUCACUGUUUUAAGAGGCCGCAAUAUAGCACUAGGAAGGAUUCUCAAAAACCAAGGAAACUUCAAGGCAGCACUGCAAUAUUUCGAAGAAAUGUUUCUGGACAUCACUGACCGGCACUGCAACGAAAGUGAAGGUUGGCAUAUGGCCUUAUUUGCCAACCUCUCAGACCUGUACUGCGAACUGGGAUAUCCAGAAAGGGCAGAGGCGGUGUUGAAAAAACAGCUUGAAAUAGUCUACACACGCGGAUGGGAGACUAUCAGUGGGGGGAUAAGGAUACAGCUAGCCCUAGCUGAGAGCUUUAUCCGGCGUGGCUCGUUUCAGAAAGCUGAAGGAUGUCUGUUGAAGCUUGUAUCACUUUGCAAGCCCGCUGAGAAGAUGACUGUCAGCGCCAGAACAAACAACUUUCUUGUAUGGACAGGGCUUGCGAGAGUAUCGCAUAUUCAGCACCAUUGGAGCAAUGCCAUUGACCGCUGGAACCAUGCCCUAGAACUUGUUGAAAGCGCGGGAUGGGCAGACAGUUUCAACCAUGGACUUAUUCUAUAUUCGAUUGCCCAAAUCCAGUUCCGCACGGGGAAAUUUGACGAAAGCAAAAAGACUCUGGGCCGCGCAAAAAGAAGCCUUGCUGCUGAUGAUCGAAAAUAUUGGAUUGUUGGCCUUGGGUCCUACUGGUACAACUAUGUCGUCUGCCCACUAGGGGAGACUGGCUCUGAUCCUAUCAUUCGCAAUACAUCUAGAGCGGCUGAGGACAUCGCCUCUAAAUAUGAGGAAAACACUCUCUGUGAAGAAGAUAUGAAUGAAAAUGUGUCCGAGGAGGUUAAAAGAAAAAUUGAUGCCGAACAAAGAAGUGUGGAAAGGGAGAUCGAGGCUAUCAAACUGCGCUGUAAGCAGAGUGAUAUACGGGAAAGUCCCAAGGGCUUAACUAGAUCGUUCAGCAAGAAAAUACGGAAUGUUUACAAAAGGUGA